AUGUCGACCUUUCACCAUACGGUCUCGGAAUCAUAUCUGUCUUCCGUUGAUUCUUCAAGCAUAGCCAGUGUUGCGCCCAAGCACGUUAAAUCCGCUGGUGAAAUCCCUUUCGUCCGAAGACGGCUCCUGCACGAGCAGACUGUAGCCUUAUUAGCGGUGUUCGAGUUGAAGACGCAUCCAUCGAAGGAUGAACGGGUUGCACUCGCUCAGCAGCUUGGCAUGGAGCUGAAGACCGUCAGCGCAUGGUUCCAGAACAGACGUAGGAGUCACAAAAAGAAGCUGCUCGUCUGGAAUAGGGGCUCGCAGGAGAAUCGCUACGAGGGGAGUGCAUACCCUGCCUCUUCAUCCAGGCAUCUUUCUCGUGUCGGGAGCACUAUAUCGCUGGAUUGCAUUGCAUCUUCGCGCGAAAAGCCCAUGGUCCAGAGUGGUGCUCCUCCCCUACGACCACCUUUGACUCCGCGUCGCCCCGGUCGCUCAAAGAAUGCCGUUUCUCCGACGCGGGAGUCGACGAAUUUGUGGGAUCACAUCCCAUCAUCUCCCCCGGCAUUGCCAUCAUCACCAGGCGCGGAGAGUAUGCGCCUUGCUGCUAUCCCGGAGCGAUCGAGGAGGUUGAGGUCUUUGGAAUGGGCAUGUGCUAAGGCACGGGCAGGGAGGAGCUCGCACGACAAUCGAGUGGUUGACUGCGAUGUACCGCCAUUGGUGCUCGAUGGUUCCAAGGACACGGACAUGUACUUUGAAGGUGACGAUACGGAGACGGAAGAGUACGAGGCUAUUACACCCGAUGUCAGUUCCAUGCAGCUGACGACGCUCCAGGCUUCCCCUGGGGUGUUGAUGGCCAAGAAAGACGACGCCGCUCCCCCUGCGGAUAUGGAGGCCGCGAUGGCUUUACUUGGGUUCAAAGUCGACGCUCAUCACCUGGACCUGUUGUGA